AUAGUCCUUUGUAUUUUCGCACAUUCCGCUCCAUUCCACACCAAUGGAAUUCCAUUCCGUGCUUUCCUAUUCUGCCCCCUUAAGCCGCUAUCAUUACACCAGCAGAUCCAAAACAAGCCGAGAGAAGGCAUGAAUACAAUGACAGACAUCGUCAAAGACAUCUCUGCGGCCAGCUUUCCCCAACCCGACUCACCUGUCUCCUCAGCACCGGAAAACGGACAGCUGCUGUUCAUCCGCAACGUCGCGUCUCGUCGGGAUACGCAGACCACCAGCGGCAGCGUCAACCUCGAGGGCAGCUCCCAGCCCCUCGUACCCUCAGCAACAGCCGAUCCCCAGUCCUACACCAUGACAUCGGGCGAAUUCAUGCAGUCCACCCCUCUGUUCGUGCAGAGGUCCAAGAAGAACCUGUUUUAUAAGAUCUUAUGCUUCCUCGUGCUGCUUCUCCAGGGCGGCAUGCUGGAUUUCUACCUCAUCAUCUUCACGGACCUCUACUGGUGCUCGUGGAUAGCCACGGAUCUGGUGGUCAUAUCAGGAUGGGGGAUCUUCUUCAUGAAGAACGCCAGGAGCAAGCGGGAACGCGCCUGCGGGUUCCACCAGAAGAGCUCCAUGUUCGGGUGCAACCUCGGGGAGUUCACCUUCGCGUACCUGGCGUGGCUCAUUUACGUGAUCGCAUCCACCCCGAAAGUGGUGCUUGUUUUGGAAACGUCCAUUUUGGAUCUCAUCGCCCUUAAAGUGCCGUUCGGCAUCACCGGUUUCAAGAUAACCAUGUUGCUUUGCGCGCCUUUGCUUUACUGUCUCAUCAAUUCCAUUAUUGAGGAUCCCAACGGUGCCACGCGUUUCCAUUCCCAAGGCUGCUUCAUGAGCACCUGCGUGGACAUCCUGGACAGCUUCGUCCUGGUGGAAAUGCUCCUCAAAAACGAAAUUUCCAACGUGUACCUGAAGUACACGGUCAUAUCGGUGUAUUUCAUCGCGUUGGGCGUUCCGGUUUUAUGGCUUUAUGAGUUGACGGCGUCAGAGAUGAACUGCCGCUGGAUAUGGGCGAGGUUCUUCACCGGCGUGCUGGUCAACGCACCGUUACUAGUGGUCAGAUGUUUCCUCGUCUUCGUUUACAACACGCCCGUGUCGGUUUUCAUGUUCAAAAACGUGCUGUUUUUGGGGUGCAAGUGCCUGGAGAUGAUCGAGCAGUGCGCGUCUCUGAGAGGCAACCGGAGGUUUGCGCGUGGACGCGGUGGCAACGCGGCCCAGUUCUCUCAUUGCGUUUCAGAGAACGACAUGUGUCCUCAUGGUUAUGUGAACACGCUGGCUGUCAAUACUCAGUCGUAGGUGCUACAACCGAACCACUCAAUGUGCCAAUGAAUAAACAUUCCUCUGCAGUAUAUACUCAAUGAAACAGACAUGAACCAGCGCUUACGUGACGCUAAUGACGAGAACCUUUGAUUUGCACUUGUUUUGUGAGGCACUUUAACCCCGAGAGAACUGUUCAACAGAGGAAAUGUUAUAAGUGCAAUGUUGUAUCAUUUAUUUUCUAUGUAUGUCCUCGAUCUUUUUGGAAUCGAUUUACAGUAACAUGAGGUGAUGUUUCUAGUGUUUUCAAAGAUGUUCCCAAACGCACUUCUCAAAAGUGUAAAUAUGCCUUGUGACUUGGUGUACACUUCAGAUUGUGAACGUGACGUGGUCCCUUCCCUGGUUUUCUGGUAUUUACGGAUGGAAACUGUGGCAAGAUGUACAGUAUGAUAAGGAUUUUUGCAAAUGUUUAAUGUUAAUAGGCUAUAUAGAAUCUAUAAAGAUAACCGUAAUCCAUCUUUGAUGACCAAACUUCGACAUGUGCCGGCCACAUCCAGCCAUAACACUUCCACAGUGCCGUCUCUUAUCAUUUUGAACUAGGCUACCUCUCUCGACCGAACCUUACAGAAACCAUAACCAACUCAAGAUGUUGUCUCACUCAUGCCAGUAAAUAAGUUAUGGUUUACGAAAUGAUAUAACACAGUUACUGGCCAAGAAAAUGAUGUUAUCGUUAAUGGAUCGAAUAGAAGAGGAUGAGUCUGUGUCUAAAUGAUAAAGCAGAUAUGCAUAUUACAAGUUCAAUGUACUUUAGUUACACCAAGAAUUACAGCAAGAAUCAAAAACAAAUCUCAAUUCUCCUGCUUAACUUCAAGUCAGCAAGUUUGUAAGGAGAGUAUAUUAUGUGUAUCCUAAAAUACCAUCGAGUUACUACUAACUAAUGUGCAUCCUAUUACUAUUAUUUUUGUGCAUUGAGGAUGGGGUACAGGGUGAGCUAAACGUGAUAAAUAUGCAGGCCGAAAGUGCAUUAUGGGAUUUUUAUGCCUCAUUGCGCAGUAUAACCCAACAAAUAUGUAACAUUGCAUACUACGCAUGUUUUUUUUUAACUACAGUAUAUUCCGACUAUAUUUAUCCACAUCAGUGUUUUACAGAUUUUUUAUCUUACAAGGGCUUUAAUUUGCAAGUUGUGUUAUGGUUGUUUACAUACAACAUAUUAUUUGCACCGCAAUACGCUCUUAAAAUAAUGGUGCUUGACAGGUUCUUCGCAGCGAUGCCAUGGAGCGGGUCCAAAUGUUUUUGUCAGUCGAACCACCCUGAUCUAGAUUAUUUACUUGAAGUACCCUCUGAGUUAAUAUUUUAACAAUUUAUUUGCAUGUUUAACUUGAAAUACAUAAUUUUUAAUAGUAUUUUACAUAGUUAUUGUUAUUACUACCUGACUUUCUUUUAUUAUGCACGAGUUCUCAGUUUACUGAUUUAUUGUAAUGUGUAACGCACCGUUCAGACUGACUAGCUUUGAGGAAAGUUACUUUUAAAAGUAAUGCAUUACAAUAUUAAGUUACUUUCCCAAAAAGUAACUAAUGGCGUUACUUAGUUACUUUUCAUGUAAAGUAAUACUUACAUUACUUUUAAGUUACUUUUUCUUACUUGGCUGAGGCUUGAUCUCUUUCAGGCCUCGCAGAUGUUUUUUAUGACUGAAAAGUUCUGCAUUCAGAAAUAUUAGAUUUUCCAUCGCAAAAAUGUCAAGUUCUGGCCUGCCAUCUUCGUUUCUGACUCAAAGUGUUUCCGCCCUGGCGUGCACACAGAGUGCGUGAUUCGACGUGACUACGUUUAGUUUAAUUCAGUAUAUAUAUAUUUUUUAAAUCAAAUUCAUUAAACUAAAAAGUAACUUGCAUUACUUUUUUAUAAAAGUAACUCAAAUAUUAAUGUGUACAUUUAUAAAGUAAUACGUUACUUUACUCGUUACUUCAGAAAAGUAAUAUUAUUACGUAAUGCACGUAAAGCAAAAUGAUCUCGUUCAUUUCAAAGAAAGCAACACCAGCGACAAUGACCAUUGGUGACAGGAUGUGGGUGUGUCCCACGACGCAACAAAG